AUAUUUCAACUUAUAAUAUUAAGCUUACUUGGAAAAUCCCUUUCCUUGUUAUUGAUACUGUUUCUUGAUUCAGUCUAAUGCCAAGAGGGAAUCCCUCUGUUUUGAAGAACUGUCGGCGAACCGAAAUUUCUACAACAAAUUUACAAAAAAAAAAACGAUAGUUGAGAAGUGAGAUCUUGGGAGUCUAAGCACAAAAGAAUCCAUGAUGAUCAGGAUGAAUUUCCAUCUCCGCCGAACCAUCUUUGCCCUCCUGAUUAUCAUCACAACGAAAAUCUUUGUUGAUAUACAAACAUAUGUAUUUGCUCAAGAAGAUGAAAAAUACGUGGCCUGCAACACACCCUUUAAGUGCGCAAACAUGGAGGGCGUACUUGGCUAUCCUUUCUGGGGUCCGAAACGGCCAGAUUAUUGCGGUCACCCGAAGUUUGAGCUGAACUGCAGCGGAGAGGCACCGGUGAUCACCAUUAAUUCGACAGGUUAUCGCGUGCUUGGGAUUGAUUCGAGGGAACAUUUUCUCACGGUUGCUAGGACCGAUUACUGGAACGAUUCCUGUCCUCAAGAACACAAAAACGCCACCUUGGAUUCCACCUUCUUUGACUACACUUCUGAAACUCAAGACCUGACACUGUACUACCGAUGUUCAUCAGCAGUUAGUGUUGGGGUUUCAAGUCAAUUCAGUUGCCCCAAUGACGGAACAACAGUUACUAAUUUUUUUGCCACAGAUGCUACAAAGAAAUUGCUUUCAACAUACAGUCCAACUUGCCAGGAAAGUGUGGUUGUUCGUAUUUCCGACUCAGAAGCUGGGGUUAUAGAAGAAGCUGUUAAUGCAUUGUUACAACCGAAUCUGACUGCUGCGCUAGUUUCUGGAUUUGUGAUGGAGUGGGAAGCAAACAAUAGCAGGUGUGAUGAAUGUGUAAAGUCCGACGGAGUCUGUGGAUCCAAUCACACAACCGGAGAAUUCACCUGCUACUGCAAAGACAGACCUUAUAAAUUCAUGUGUGGAUCUGAUUCGGUUACUCCAGGUUCCGGAUUUACUCGUUACCACUUACUUUCAAAUGGUAGACGGAUCAUAGGCAUUGGGGCUGCUGUGUCGGGGAUCGUUGUAUUUUCCAUUGCGAUCGCAUGCUACUACAAGAGAGAAAACAUACGGAGCACAAGAAUAGUUAUUUGGAAGACAAACACAAGAGAUCAGGAGUUUGAUGUGAAAGCAUUUAUAAGGAAUUAUGAGCCAUUGGCCCCAAAGCGAUAUAGUUAUGCAACAGUGAAGAAGAUGACAAAGUCAUUUGCAGAAAGGAUCGGUAAAGGAGGGUAUGGCACUGUAUAUAAAGGUAAGUUACCUGAUGGUUCUUUGGUUGCAGUAAAACUGCUAAAUGAGUCCAAAAGUAAUGGAGAAGAGUUCAUCAAUGAAGUCGCAAGCAUUGGUAGAACUUCUCAUGUUAAUAUAGUCACUCUCCUUGGAUUUUGUUAUGAGAGGACAAACAGAGCUCUUGUUUAUGAAUAUAUGCCCAACGGAUCACUAGACAAGUUCAUAUUCACGCAAGAAUCUUCGAGUACAAACCGUCACUUAGAAUGGAAAACAUUAUAUGAAAUUGCGAUUGGCAUUGCACGAGGGCUAGAAUACUUGCACCGAGGCUGUAACACGAGGAUUUUGCAUCUCGACAUAAAGCCUCAAAACAUUCUUUUGGACGACGGCUUCUGUCCUAAAAUUUCUGAUUUUGGGCUUGCCAAACUCUGGCUAACGAAGGAGAGUAUCGUGUCUGCGGCGGGAGCUAGAGGAACUAUAGGAUACAUUGCACCCGAAGUAUUCAGUCGGGCCUUUGGUGGAGUAUCUCAUAAAUCCGAUGUUUAUAGCUAUGGGAUGUUGAUUCUUGAAAUGGUUGGAGGUAGAAAGAACUUUGAUUCUGCAGCGUCUCAUACUAGUGAAAUAUAUUACCCAAAUCGAAUUUAUAAGGAUCUAGAAAUGGAAAAUGAAGAAAGUAUCUUGGGGAACAUAAUGGACGGAGAGAACGAAAUAUCAAAGAAGAUGUUGUUAGUGAGUUUCUGGUGCAUUCAAACAAACCCGGCUGAUCGGCCAUCGAUGAGCAAGGUGGUAGAAAUGUUAGAAGCAAGUCUGGAGUCCAUGGAGUUUCCACCAAAGCCAUAUUUGUUUUCUCCGACAAUGUCUCCUUAACAAUACACAACACUUUCACUUUAAGAGUUGGCAUCCGCAAUACUUUCAGUCUCUGCCCUUUCCUUGACCCCUAGCCUAAGCAUUGGGACUGGUGAUUUUUUUUUUUUUAAACUUAUAUCGUUCUUUUAGUUUGUUCUUAGAA